CCCCUCCGCUCGCCCCUCCUCUGGCGCCCUGUAACUCCCCUGGCCCUUCUCGCUUUGCUUCUCCUAGUCUUGUACUGCCAAGUGGGUGAGUAACGAGGUGACAAAGCGACGCCUCUGCCCCGGCUGGCGAGUACAGAAACUGCAGAUGCUGUCAGAUUCUCACGCCUUAGCUCCCUUCCCUUAUACCUCCCUAAAGUCAGUUUGCCCUCUGUGAGCCUUUGCGACCUUACCCUUCCCGGCUCCUGAAGCCAGAAAGAACCACCUUUUGACCCAAGAAGCUGCCACUUAUUUCGCGCCUUCUUUUUUAGUCUUGGAGGGGCGGAGCUAGAACGGCUGCGCCACCGUUGCCGAGGCGACGCCUUGGUUACUUCCGCUGGUAUCAGUGCUUCCGGGUUGCGGUUGCGGUAGCGUUUCCGACUGUGGGAGCCUCGGCUUCCCAGUCGUCUGAAGAGCCCGAACAGCCGAGUCCCUUCCCUGUCUUUCAUUCUUCUGACAUCGGUGGUUUUACUUCUUCGAUUGAGCCCUGCUUCCUCGACCCCCCGGGAGGCCGCCUCCUUCAGGCGCCUCCCUUCUCUCCGAGAACUCGCUCUGACAGCUGAGGAACUGGCAAGAUCCUGCUACCCAGAGGGUGAAUGGGUGUCUUUCCUGGAAUAAUCCUAAUUUUUCUAAGGGUGAAGUUUGCAACGGCGGCCGUGAUUCACCAGAAAAGUUCUACUAUAAGCCAUGAGAUGUCUGGACUGAACUGGAAACCCUUUGUAUAUGGCGGCCUUGCCUCUAUUGUUGCUGAGUUUGUAUUGCUCCUGCUUUACUAAGACAGGCAUCGUAUGGCACCAUUAAAAUUGGGAUUUACCAAAGCUUGAAACGAUUAUUUGUAGAACGUUUAGAAGAUGAAACUCUUCUAAUUAACAUGAUCUGUGGGGUAGUGUCAGGAGUGAUAUCUUCCACUAUAGCCAACCCCACUGAUGUUCUAAAGAUUCGAAUGCAGGCUCAAGGAAGCUUGUUUCAAGGGAGCAUGAUUGGCAGCUUCAUUGAUAUAUACCAACAAGAGGGCACCAGGGGUCUGUGGAGGGGUGUGGUCCCAACUGCUCAGCGUGCUGCCAUCGUUGUAGGAGUAGAGCUACCAGUCUAUGAUAUUACCAAGAAGCACCUAAUACUGUCAGGAAUGAUGGGUGACACAAUUUUGACUCACUUUGUUUCCAGCUUUACAUGUGGCUUGGCUGGGGCUCUGGCGUCCAAUCCUGUUGAUGUAGUGCGAACUCGCAUGAUGAACCAGAGGGCAAUUGUGGGACACGUGGAUCUCUACAAGGGUACUUUGGAUGGUAUUUUAAAGAUGUGGAAACAUGAGGGCUUUUUUGCACUCUAUAAAGGAUUUUGGCCAAACUGGCUUCGACUUGGACCCUGGAACAUCAUUUUUUUCAUUACAUACGAGCAGCUCAAGAGGCUUCAAAUAUAAGAACUGGAUAUAUGAGAGCCCAGCUCAGCCAGCCUUUCUACUGUUUUUCUUUACCCCUUUUUCGUGUUCUAAUGUGUUUUGACAAAGUUGUGUUUACUGAACCAGUGGUCUCCCAACUCUCCUGAUCAAAGAACAAUAGGAUGGUUCAGCUUUGCUCAUGCAUUUGUGUUACCAUGUUAACUUUUCCCUGAGAGGAACUGUUUACAUUGAAACUCUGGUGCCAGAUUGGUAUCUUCUGUGAAGAUGGAUACUGAUGGGUAACAUUCAAAAUGGCCAUUUGUCCAAAUGUGGGUUAAAUGUAGUUCGUUGGCCCCAGAUCUGGGUAAGAGCAGAAGAUAUAGGCUGGGACAGUUACUGAAAUGUAUGCUGUAGACCUUGGUUCUUAGUAAAGUAUUUAUUGGCAGAAUCA